GAGGUGAGGAAAGGCGUCUCUCCUAUUUUCCAAUUUUGCCCCUACCUUUUCCUCAUUUCUCAUUUAUGUCCCGCUCCUUUCCCCCUUCCAUUUCUCUGCUACUGCCAACUCCAAUUUUCACUUUCUAGGGUUUAAUUCCCAACCCUAGGGUUUUCCUCUCUUCCCAUUCCCAUGGAACCUCGGGUUGGGAACAAGUUCCGUCUCGGCCGCAAGAUUGGUGGCGGAUCCUUCGGCGAGAUCUAUCUCGGCACCAAUGUCCAGACCAAUGAAGAGGUUGCAAUCAAGCUUGAAAGUGUCAAAACCAAGCAUCCUCAGUUGUUGUAUGAAUCAAAGUUGUAUAAAAUACUGCAAGGAGGAACUGGAAUUCCAAAUGUGAGAUGGUUUGGUGUUGAAGGAGAUUACAAUGUCCUUGUAAUGGAUUUACUGGGCCCUAGUCUUGAGGAUUUAUUCAAUUUCUGUACUCGGAAAUUGUCCCUCAAAACUGUUCUCAUGCUUGCUGAUCAGAUGAUAAGUCGAGUUGAAUCUAUUCAUUCCAAAUCGUUUUUACAUAGGGACAUCAAGCCAGAUAACUUCCUAAUGGGUUUGGGGAGGCGUGCAAAUCAAGUUUAUGCCAUUGACUUUGGUCUUGCUAAGAAAUACCGAGACACCUCUACCCAUCGGCAUAUUCCUUACAGAGAGAAUAAGAAUUUGACUGGAACCGCUAGAUAUGCUAGUAUGAAUACUCAUCUUGGAAUUGAGCAAAGCAGAAGGGACGACUUAGAAUCACUUGGAUAUGUUCUUAUGUAUUUUUUGAGAGGAAGUCUCCCAUGGCAGGGAUUGAAAGCAGGUACUAAGAAGCAGAAGUAUGAGAAAAUCAGUGAGAAGAAAGUUUCUACUUCUAUUGAGUCUCUUUGUCGUGGCUAUCCCUCAGAGUUUGCUUCAUUCUUCCAUUACUGUCGGUCACUGAGGUUUGAUGAUAAACCAGAUUAUGCUUAUUUGAAAAGGCUUUUCCGUGACCUCUUUAUUCGUGAAGGAUUCCAGUUUGAUUAUGUCUUUGAUUGGACCAUUUUGAAAUAUCAGCAGUCUCAAAUUUCCACACCUCCUGCUCGUGCUAUCGGUCCUGCUGCUGGACCAAGUUCUGGAGUGCCACCAGCUGUUGUAAAUGCUGAUAGACAGAUAGGUGGGGAAAGUAGUAGGCAUACUGGUUGGUCUUCAUCUGAUCCUGCUCGAAGGAGAAACUCUGGACCUAUUACAAAUGAUGGAUCCUUGUCAAGACAAAAAGCCCCAGUUCCAAGUGACUCAAAUGGAUCUAAAGAUGUUAUGUUGUCUAGUUCUAAUUUCUUCCGGUCAAGUGGAUCUACUAGGCGUGGUGCUGUAUCGAGCAGUCGUGAUGCAGUUGUUGGCAAUGAGACUGAGCCCUCUCAUUCUCUCACUAUGGAUGCUAGUCCCGGAGCACUGCGUAAAACUGCUGCUCAAAGAACUUCACCCAUCAUGUCAUUUGAGCACAACCAUAACCGAACAUCCUCUGGCAGAAAUACAUCAAACAUGAAGAAUUUUGAGUCAACUAUCCGAGGUAUUGAGAGCCUGAAUUUCAAUGACGAGAGGUUACAGUAUUAGCUGCUGCCUUUCCCGACCAACUAUUUUAGUAAAUUUUUAAAUUGUUUUUAUAAACUACCGAGUGGAGUGUUGGAUGAAAGCUGCAACAAAUUGGGAAUUGUCACUAAAGUAUACAAGAAUGAUAUGUUCAAGUGGUUUCCUCACAAAAUCUGGCAUUGAAAAGCCUUUGUUAAUACAGUUGACCGUGUACUCACGUUGAUUCUAUCUUUUUCUCAUUUUAUAUCAUCUAGUAAAAUAUCAUGCUUUCCUGGCUCUUUCAUUUUUUU